UACUCACUCUGCAAAGGGGAUACGUGUGUAAAAUCUUAACGACAUCAUCUUUCUUCACUUCAGUCAUUCUUAUAAUUAAAAUUUCAUCAAAAUCGUAUCCAAAUAUCACCAUUCGUGUUUGGAAGAAGGUAUUCUCUGUAGAGAAAAUGACAUCACGAUUCAGUGGGGCAUUACAAAUAACAAACUUGGAUGAUUUUAUUACACCUUCACAAGAAUGCAUAAAACCUAUAGAAAUUCAAGCAUCAAAACGAAGAAGUGGUGCAAAAAUAAAAAUUGAAGAAGAUGGAGUACCAUCGAUAUUAAAUGAAAUUGGGCAAUCUGAAAAACUGCAGAAGGUGGAAAUCACACUUGCUGAUUGUUUAGCUUGUAGUGGUUGCAUUACAUCUGCAGAAAGCGUGUUAGUUACACAACAAAGUCAAGAAGAACUGAUGAGAGUAUUUAAAGAAAAAGUAUCUCAGUGUCAAAGUGGAGAUGGUACCAAAUUUAUAGUAGUUAGUCUUUCUGUGCAAGCAGUAUUGUCUGUAGCAAAACGUUAUGGUCUUAAUUCAGAAGAAACAUUAAAUAAACUUGUUGGCUACUUUUAUGAAUUAGGAGCAGAUUCAGUUUUAGAUAUGACUGUAGCUGAUGAUUUUGCUCUAUUAGAGUCUGCUAAAGAAUUUGUAGAACGUUACAAAGUAGCUAAAGGUGGUGCAGCAAAUCAAUUACCAAUGUUAUCUUCUUCUUGUCCAGGAUGGGUAUGCUAUGCCGAAAAAACUCAUGGCAAUUUUAUACUUCCAUAUAUUAGUGUAACAAAGUCCCCUCAACAAAUUAUGGGAUCAUUAGUCAAAUAUCAUUUGGCUGAAACCAAGGGUCUUGCACCAGAACAAGUGUAUCAUGUAACUCUCAUGCCUUGUUAUGAUAAAAAAUUAGAGGCAUCUAGAGAAGAUUUUUACAACUCUGAAAGAAAUUCUAGAGAUGUAGAUUGUGUUAUAACACCAAUUGAACUAGAACAAAUGCUUAAAGAAUAUAAUGUGACAUUAAGUGAAGUAAAAGAAAAUAAAGUUCAAAAGCCUUUUGGGGUAGAAAUGGAAAAUUUGGAAAGCAAUUUAUGCGGUCAUAGUGGUUCAGGAUCUGGUGGUUAUGCUGAUUUUAUCUUCCAUUAUGCUGUAAAACAUCUAUUUGAUGAAACAGAUGUUACAGCUGAAUUUAAAAGUCUUAGAAAUCCUGAUUUUCAAGAGGCCAUUUUUCAAAAGGAUGGUCAGAUAUUAUUAAGAUUUGCCGUUGUUAAUGGGUUUAGAAAUAUACAAAAUCUUGUGCAAAAAUUAAAAAGAGGAAAAUGUUCAUAUGAUUAUGUCGAAGUUAUGGCAUGUCCUUGUGGAUGUCUAAAUGGAGGAGCACAAAUUAGACCUGUAAACAAUAUUCAACCACGUGAAUUAGCAUUACAGUUAGAAUCUAUAUAUCAUGAACUUCCUAAAAGUGAUCCUGAAAAGAACAAAGCGGUUCAGAAUCUAUACAGAAAUUGGUUAGGAGGAGAAUGCACAGACAAAGGUUUAGCAUAUUUCCAUACGCAAUAUCAUGAAAUAAAAAAGAUAAAUACAGCUCUUACUAUAAAGUGGUAAUAAAUGAUUAAUUAUUAAACAUUGUGAAUAUUUAUUUAAACAAUAAAUUUGUUCGAAAUACCACAAAACUGAAACAUAUGAUUUAACAAACAUAACGGGAAUCUUAUUACAAAAUAAUGAUCUUAUAACUAAAUUGAUGAAGUACUUAUAAUGCUAAAAUGUAGAGUAAAUGUAAAAAAUUACAUAUAAUGUAUACCAAUUGUUUUAUAUCACAUUUACAUAGCAAUAUAUUGUGCUAAAAGUACAAAAGAUUGUCUUUUACCGUUAUUAAUAUCAUUUAAUUAAAUAAUCUAAGGUGACUAGAACAAAUACUAAAAGAGAAUAGAAUAUGUUACUUUGCAUCUUUUCCUCUAAUAGUGCAAUAAUAUUUUGUACAGAGUAUUAUUACACAUUUGACGAGCUAUAGUUAAAUACACCAUAAUAUACAUUUAUUAAAUCAAUACAUUUUAUAAAAUAAAUUUAUUUAUGUUUUGAAUAAUACUGGUGAAGCAAUGUCAGAAAAUGUAGACCAAAGAGAAAACAAUGUGAAUGUAACUUUUGUUAAAAUAAUAAAAUUAUGUUUAAUUUA